UGGGUAACGUCCAGGAUCACAAGUUAUUCACUUUGUCCUUAAAUUUAAAAAAACAGUUGUUGUGUAAAAUAAAUUAGUAGAUGAAAGAUGGACAUUAAAUUACAUAGAUAAUACAUUUAGUUUCGUGUUUAUCCUAAUAACAGUUAUUUAUCAACUUGGAAAGUAAAGUCUCUCUCCAUGACUGUUAACUUCGCGGUUGAGAAUGACCACAAGUGUUUUCCUGAGCGUGUUGUUUGGAGUUCUUCUGUCAGGUUCCAGAGUUCAUGCAGAGGAGACUCCGCCCCGUAUCGUCCACCACCCUUCUGACGUGGUGGUGAGAGUUGGGAAUCCCGCCACGCUUUCCUGCCGGGCGGACGGCAGCCCGAAGCCAACUAUUGAGUGGCUGCGCAACGGCCAACCCCUUGACACAGUAAAUGGAGAUGGGCAGUUGCAGCCCAUGGUUUUGUCAGAGGGCAGCCUCUUCUUCCUGAGUGUUGGAGGGAGCAGGAGAGGUCAGUCACAUGAGGGUGUCUACACCUGUGUGGCCAAGAACAGUGCAGGGAGGGCCACCAGCCGUAACGCAUCACUGUAUAUCGCAGUGUUGCAGGAGGAGUUCAGCGUGCAGCCCAGUGAUGUGGAGGUGGCAGAGGGAGCAGUGGCUGUCUUAAACUGUGGGCCCCCAGCGGGACGCCCUGAACCUAACAUCAUCUGGAAGAAGGAUGGCCUGCCCAUCAACACCAGUGACCACCACUACAAUGAGCUGAGUGGAAAGCUGAUCAUCGCUCCUGCAGAGAAGAACCACUCUGGUGCUUAUGUGUGUGUGGCCAGUAACACUGUGGGAGUAAAAGAGAGCAGAGCGGCUCGGCUCUCUGUGCUGGCUAAGCCCGUUUUGGUGAUGAGGCCAGAAAAUGUGUCGGUGAGAAUGGGGGAGUCUGCCCAGUUCUACUGCCAAGCUAAAGGUGACCCUCCACCUUCUGUGGUCUGGAGCAGAGAGCAGGGGCCGCUACCCAAUGGCAGGUAUCUUGUAAACCCAGACCAGACCCUCCAGAUCCAUUAUGUGACAGCCCAGGAUGCUGGGAAGUACACCUGCACUGCUGUCAAUGAUGUGGGUGUGGUCACCGCCAGCGCACAGCUGCUAGUUGAAGAGGCUGCCAGCACUAAACAGAAAGACCUUCACAAAGAGCUGUCAGCCCUGCGAGUGGCUCUGGAAAAUGUCAGCAUCGUGACCCCUGGGUCCAACGUAUCCCAAGUUCAAUGGAAGCUGCAGUUCCUCCCAGCCCAGCCACACUACCUCGAUGGCUUUGAGGUUCUCUAUCGCUCUCUGCUGCCUGCCAGCUCAGACUGGGCGGCAAAGAAGGUGACGCUGCCCAGCUUCCAGACUCAGGUGGGCCCUUUAAAGAGAGGCUACAAGUAUGAGUUCAAAGUUCGUCCCUAUGGCAGCAACUUGUAUGGAAGAGAGAGCAACACCAGACACCUCAGAGUUCCAGAGACAGUUCCCAGCGCUUCUCCACUGGCUGUGUCCAUAACAGUGAGCCAUGAGGUGAAUAACACCAUCCGUGUGAGCUGGGAGCCUCCUCCUCAUGAAACCCACAACGGAAUCAUCCAGGGUUACCAGGUGUGGUGUGUGGAGUCUGAGGAGCAGCAGUACCAGAACUGGACGGUGGAUAGUGGCCGACACAGCCUCGAUAUCUCUACUCUCAGACCAGGGAGAUACUGGCUCACCAUAGCAGCUGUCAACGGAGCUGGUGUAGGAAUGCUGAGCGACCCUCACGGAUUCGUCAUCCCACAGUUAGGUGGUCCCUCUGAGUCUGACAGUCAGAGACCAGCUCGGCCUCAGGUCUUGGCCCUGCUUCAGAACCCAGUGUUGAUUGGCAGCAUUGGUGCCCUCCUGUGGUGUCUUCUGAUGGUUGCAGUUGUCUGCCUCUUCAAACGCCACAGCAGGACAGGCCACCUGAUACCAGGACAUGGCAGGGCAAAAGGUUUGCGCAGACUGGCCAAUGAAGAUCUCAUUAUUAAACACAGGAUGGCAGCUCCUGACUCCCCGUGGAUCUCUGGAAGCUGGAGACCUGCCUUCAGCCAGAAGUAUCAGGACUUAUGGGCCCAAGGUCAGAAACAUCCAGGGAUCAGGAGCACAAGCCUCCCAGUCUCAUCCAAGAAGGACCCCAGCUGCUUGGACUCAGCUGUCCCCAUAGUGACCGACAGCUGCGGCGUCUAUGGCACUUUUUAUGUGGACCUAAUGGGCAAGGACCUCAAGACCUUUAACAGUCCUGGGCGUCGCCCUAAGAUGCCUCAUGGUCUGCCAUAUCAGCAAGGAGCUGAGACCAUCCAGAUAUUCACUCAGCCCGUGGCGAAGAGCUCACCCCUCGGAAGCCGUGAGAUGCUGCCAUGGAAACAGGCCAUACGUCCCCAGCCUAAGAUGGGUGUGCUGAGGGAAUCUUGGGAAAAAAACUACAGCAAGCAAGAGCUGCAUGCAGUGAACAGCGUCCCCAUAGUUCCAACCAGAAACCAGGCUUGUCCAUCCAGUGUCUACAAACAGAGACUCAGCCACAUACCAUCAGGCCGACAUGGUGGAGAAUGUGGUAAAAUUACAGGCUGUCCUCGCCUGCUGCAUUACUCUGCGUCAGUACAUCUAGUGGACAUGCUGCCCCCACCACCACCAGUACCCAUAGACAACACCACAGACACACACAGCCUGACCUCAGAUGAAGGCUCCAGUCGUUCCACAAAGCUCACAGUGGACAUGGGCUCUCUCCAGUCAGUGUGUGCUGCGUCAGGCCACCAUGGUCAACCAGGACCCACCACCACCACCACCACCAACAACAACAACAACAACAACAACAGCAGCCCCUCCUACAGCCACCUGUCUACUGCAUCAUACUCCAUGUCACUGGAUGAACAACAUGAUGGCACACUGACAUCACAGGAAGCCACUCAGUAUCUGGAGCUCAGCCCUAAACCGGAGAGAUGCAGCAGUGUCCUGCCUGAGGAGCGUCCCUUCCUGUCCCACCACUUUCCCCCCACCCUGGGUUACAUCUGCAGGUCAGUACACUCCCCUCAGCUGGAGGACGACCCUGCCGCUGAUGAGCCCGAAGCUCCACCAAUAGACUUGCGACGCGCCCGCCUCCAGAGCUCACCUUCCUCCUGCUACAGCGAAUGGGACAGCUCGCUGUGGAACACCUGGAGCUCAGUCACAGACGGCAACAUGGCCAGCGCCCGCACCAGCCUCAUCAGCUCCGUGGACAGCUGUUACACCGGGGACAGCGCCACCUUCGCCCGCUUGCUGGCUGUGGCAGCAGAGACCAUGAGUGGAGCCUCUUUGUCAGACUUCUCUCCGCCAGCCUCCCCCCUCAGUGCCUUGUAUCCGUCGUUUCGUGCAGAGGGCGAUUCGUUCGGGGAGCCGGAGCCUGUCCCUGCCUGGGACUGGAGCAUGGCCUGGAUGGAGGAAAUGGAGGCUCAGUACAGAGCCCACUAUCCUGGUCGAAACACCAAACCCUUUAACGCUUAAGGACUCUGCUGCUGGGAUCGUGACAGAAACAACUCUGAAGCUGAAGCUUGAGAAGUUCAGAAACACCUCACAGCAAAGCCAGGAGCACGAGAGGAGACCAGGGGUCAGACAUGAUGCUGCAACAUUUAAUUUGAUUUACUGAUACUGAAAGUACUGGAAACAGGUUUGAGGUCUGAGUAACAUCCCAGACAUGAACAGAUAAAUAUCUGGAUCUGAAAUAUAAUUGGAGCUAACUCCUUGAUGUUUGGGACACCUCUGCUAAGAGAUGCACGCUUUCUCUUAUUUGUCUCUAAUACGUUUUCCCAGUUUACCUCAGGGCAGUCCGGCUACUACUUUGCAUCCUUCAAAUAACUUCCAUUGAGUUGCUAAAGGUUUUUUUUUUUCCCCAUCAUUUCCUCUCAUUAGAGAAGGAGAUAAUGAGACUCUUCCCUCAGGAUGCUCUCACCCAGUGUGUUUUGAAAAGGCCAGAAAGACACAAAGACAGGAAGCGAGACAGUGAGGACGCAAUCAUUAGGCAAAAGAGAUGCAGAGCUAGAGUUUUCCUCACAGCACACCUGAGUUUCUUAUUUUCACGUUUGUUGCAGGAUUUUAUGAGAGCUGAGGUCCCACCAAACACAAACACACUAUAGCAGAGGGAUUUUGUACAGACUGACACACUGAUGUAAAUAUGCAGCAUAUGCAACAGAUGUUAUUUAAAGAAUUUUAAACACGUUCCAAAUCACGUGCUGUCUUCCUCUUUCCUUCGGUGCUUCAACUUACAUUCUGGGAAUUCUUUUAUAUUAUAAGAUUAUUUUUUGUCUUCAUGCACCAUGUCCACUUUUUAAUGUCACGCAAUGUUUGCAACAAAACAUAUUGUAGUUCAGAAGAAUAGCAGAAGUAGAAAAUGUUAUUUUAAGAGUUGUUUUAUUCACAUUUAUUUGAACUAACUUAGUGUUUUACCUUACAUAACUUGAAUUUUAGUGAGAAUACACGAGAAAGUAUUUUAAAUAAAAGCUCUGUAUGCAUAGCUUAGUCUUUGCAUGCUUUGCUGAUUUAUAUAUAAAUAUAUAUAAAUUCACUAAUGGUAGUAGUAUCAAAGUUUUACAUUUCGUGCGAGUGCUUUUUUUUUGUGUUUGUUUUUUGUACUUGUUACAUUACAAAUGUGUUUUAUAGUUCUGAGUAAAUUCUUUGUGUUGAUUGAAAUCAACUUUUACAUUUUGUAAGGACCUCACAUUUGGACUAUGUCCUGUCUGAGCUGUGAAAUA